GGAGACUUCCAAAGUCCAGCCCCUCACUCUCCUGGAAACCAGCCCAGAACCUCCACCCUCUGACACCAUGGUCAACUCCUGUUGUGGCUCCAGCUGCUGCCAGCCUUGUUGCUGCCCCACCUGCUGCAGGACCACCUGCUGCAGGACCACCUGCUGCCGCCCCACCUGCUGUGUGUCCAGCUGCUGCCACCCCUGCUGCGGGGGAUCCAGCUGCUGUGGCUCCAGCUGCUGCCAGCCUUGCUGCCACCCCACCUGCUGCAGGACCACCUGCUGCAGGACCACCUGCUGCCGCCCCACCUGCUGUGUGUCCAGCUGCUGCCGCCCCUGCUGUGGGGGUUCCAGCGGCUGUGGCUCGAAUUGCUGUGGCUCCAGCUGCUGCCAGCCUUGCUGCCGCCCCACCUGCUGCCAGACCACCUGCUGCAGGACCACUUGCUGCCGCCCCAGCUGUUGUGGUUCCAGCUGCUGCCACCCCUGCUGCGGGGGAUCCAGCUGCUGUGGCUCCAGCUGCUGCCAGCCUUGCUGCCGCCCCACCUGCUGCCGCCCCACCUGCUGCCACCCCACCUGCUGCAGGACCACCUGCUGCAGGACCACCUGCUGCCGCCCCAGCUGCUGUGGUUCCAGCUGCUGCCGCCCCAGCUGCUGCAUCUCUAGCUGCUGCCGCCCCUGCUGUGGGGGUUCCAGCUGCUGUGGCUCCAGCUGCUGCCAGCCUUGCUGCCGCCCCACCUGCUGCCAGACCACCUGCUGCCGGACCACCUGCUGCCGCCCCUGCUGCCAGACCACCUGCUGCCGGACCACCUGCUGCCGCCCCACCUGCUGUGUGUCCAGCUGCUGCCGCCCCAGCUGUUGCUAGACCCCCUGCCACCACCCACCCACCUGCUCUAGUGGCUCUUGCUGCUGCUGAGUGCCCUGACCUGCACCCUGCUGUUUUCAUCAGCCAAUCUCCUUCAUGUCGUCCAACUGGGAGCUGAAUCAUGUGAGGCCAACUGUAAAACCUCAGUUCCCAGUGAUUUUCAACUUAGUUGGCUUCUGAAUAUACCCUCCUCUGCCACCCUCCCACCUCCUUGUUACUAUCUCCAUCCCAAAUCAAUACAAAGGUUGAAUUUUCUCUGAUAUCUGUUAACAUGUCAUCCUAAUUGAUAUAUCUGUUUACUGCCAGAUUUUCUGAUAUGGAGAUGUUUCUAUAUGUGAAAUAAAUCUUAACUUUCCAGGCAUACAAAUAUAA